AACUCAUGAAAAGUUCAGAACCCCUUUAGGGAUUUAGAAAACCCAGGUAUGCACCCAGUUUGUGUGGUUUUGGAAAAAUUCCCUUUCCAUCCUUUGCCCCGCCUUUUCGCGAUCAGCGAACAACACGUGAGCUUUGCGUGGAGAGACACGGAUCGGCCCAUUUCCCAAUAAGUUUUCCCCCCGCUCCUAACAGGCGCAAAGCACGGUACCAGGGCACGUCCUAACAUACGACGCGGUCCCUCUUGGCUCCAGCGGGUGGGCAGCGUGCUACUGGGGCACGACCUCUCCGGUUCUCCCACUUCUCUUCGAGGGCUCCGAAGCCCCGGAGCGGCGGGGACGGGGCGGCCCAUCCCGCCCCGGGGGCGGAUAAAGCGGCGGCACCGCCCUGCGGAAGUGCCGAGAGGAGCAGAGUGGAGUGCGCGGUGUGGUCGUGCUGGGCGCCGCUAUGGGAGCCGGAGCGGUGGCGGGUCUGCUGCUGGUUACUGUGCUGAUAAUGCCUGGAACCGGAGCAGAGGACUGCGGGGAGGGAGAAUACUUACACGAAGGUCACUGCUGCCUAUCUUGUCCAGCAGGUACUUACGUUGCUCAGCACUGCAGUGCUCCCCACUUGAGAGGAAAAUGUAUCCCUUGCACCGAAGGAGAGGGUUAUACUGCCCAUGAGAACGGCUUGGAAGAAUGCUUGUCUUGCAGACAGUGCAAAGAUGAUCAGAUAACUUUGAGACCCUGCACUGUAACGCAUGACACUGAAUGCCAAUGCAAACAAGGGUAUUUCUGCCCUGCCGAGGGCUGUGAAAUAUGUCAGAGAUGCAGUACAACGUGUCCGGACGGGAAAGAAAUUGUCCAGAAUUGCAAUGCUACUAUGGACCUAGGAUGUGGCUCGCCCGAUCAAGGAAGCACAGCUUUUGGUUGGAUUAUUGCGGUUAUUCUUGUGGUGGUUGGUUUGUUGCUGUUCAUUGUAAUUAGAAAGCUGAAGAGUGAUAAAGGUGCUUCACUUGAUAAAGAUGCAGAGAAAGGUCUGAACCCUGAGGGCAGUAGUAAAAGCCUCAUUUCACCAGAAGUGGGGACACCUGCAAAUAACGCAGACAACCCAGAGGAUGAGAACUCUGGUGAGAACCCGGAGGGCCAAGUGCAAAUCAAUGUUAACUUGGAAGUAAAAAACCCCUCACCAGAGGAAAACAGUGUUGCACUUUCUGAGCGGGGCACCGUCCUGCCCAGGGGCUGGAAGCGCCACAUGGAAAGGUACUGGAGGAGGAUCGCAGAGUAUUCACUAGCAGCAAAAACUGGGCAGAACCUUGCUUGUCGUCAGAAUGCCCCGUCUAAUGUACCAAGUGAUAGGAUACCACCAAAUCGUACGGUACAAAAACGAAGAUAUCGAAUAAUUGUUAAAGAUCUCUCUCAAAAAGAACUGAGAGAUAGCUUUUUGGCCUUUAUAAAGGAAGUACCGCCGAAAAAAUGGAAGCAGCUUAUGAGAACUCAUCUGCAGGAAAAUGAGAUUGUUAAAAUUAUUUAUGACUUUCCUAAUGAUAUAGAAGAGCAAUCUUACCAGAUGCUUCUCACCUGGAGAAACUCACUGGGAGAGAAACAAUCUAUUAUUAAGUUACUGGAUGAGUUAAAGCAUCUAGAUAAGAAGGCUUAUGAUAACAUAUUGAACACUUUAAAAAGUAAUAACAUUAUUAGUAAAGUAGAAGUUACAGAUUAAUGUUUAUGAUGAACUUCAGAAAUGCUCCUGUGUACAUAUAUAUGGCUACAAACUUCCUGUAAAUGAGGACAUCGACAAACUGCUAGUGAAAAUGAUGGCAUUUUGUAUCUUGAUACCCUCCUUGCCUUCACGUGGAGAGCUGGAAGUGAUUUAACGCCGUCGGUGUUAACACAGACUCCGGUUGUGAUAUUCACUAAGGUCUUUUGAGUUAUAUGAUAUUAAACUCAGGCGCCGGAUGCCAGCUUGAGUGCGAGGAGCUGUAGCUCGUGCUUCCCUUCCUGUGAGGCAGGACUGUGCCGUACGGGCCUGGAUGGUGGGAACGGAGAGGCUGCCGCUGUUUUUGAAAAGGAUCGCAAUGCUUUGGUUUCUGAAACGAUUGUAUUUUGGUUUGUAUCGUUAUGCUCAGAACUGUUUAUGUUUGAAACGCAGUAAUAAAAGCCUGGU